AUGCUUGUCAUACUACCUCUACUUUCCGCCCUGUGGAUACCCACAGCGGCCGCAGACAAAAGAGCUGCUGACUACUAUGUCAAGUCUCUGCCAGGGGCGCCAGACGGCCCGCUUCUCAAGAUGCAUGCUGGACACAUAACCGUCACGGAAGAAAAUCACGGCAACCUCUUCUUUUGGCACUACCAAAAUAGACACAUCGGCGAUCGUCAAAGAACGGUGAUAUGGCUGAACGGAGGGCCGGGGUGUAGUUCUAUGGACGGAGCGAUGAUGGAAAUCGGUCCAUAUCGUGUAAGAGAAGGCGGAAAGCUGGAGUAUAAUGAGGGCUCGUGGGACGAGUUUGCCAACCUGCUCUUCGUGGACAAUCCGGUCGGCACGGGAUUCAGCUACGUGGACACGAACGGGUUCCUUCACGAACUACAAGAGAUGGCAGACAACUUCAUGAUAUUCCUGGAAAAGUGGUUUGCGCUGUUCCCGGAGUAUGAGAAUGACGAUCUCUACCUCGCUGGAGAAUCGUACGCUGGCCAACAUCUCCCCUACAUCGCAAAGGCUAUUAUGGAUCGCAACAGCAAGGCGGACAAGGCGAAGUCGACGUGGAACCUGUCCGGCCUUCUGAUUGGAAAUGGCUGGAUUUCGCCAGUCGAUCAGUACUUCUCCUACAUGCAGUACGCAUACAAGGAGCAUCUCAUUCAAGACGGGAGUGAUAUUGCAAGACGUGUUGCGGCGCAGCAAGCCAAAUGUACGGAAGUUCUGAACGGCGACGGCAAAGGUCAUGUCGACGUCGCGCAAUGCGAGCGCAUCAUGACGGACAUCCUCGAGAUGACAAAGGACAAACACGCGGAGAAGAACCAGCAAUGUCUGAACAUGUACGACAUUCGUCUCCGCGACGAUGAUUCCUGUGGCAUGAACUGGCCUCCAGAUUUGGCAGACGUCACUCCAUACCUGCGACGCAAGGACGUUACCAGCGCCUUGCACAUUGACGGCGACAAGAAGACUGGCUGGCAGGAAUGCAACGGUGCGGUAUCGUCCAACUUCCGCGCGCGCAACUCCGUGCCAUCCAUUGAGCUUCUACCUGGCAUCCUCGGGACAGUUCCUAUCGUUCUAUUUUCCGGCGACAGAGACUUCAUCUGCAACCACAUUGGUACGGAGGAGCUGAUCAAGAACAUGGAGUGGAACGAAGGAAAAGGCUUCGAACUAUCACCCGGCGUCACCGCCCCCCGCCGCGAAUGGGAAUUCGAAGGCGAGCCCGCGGGAUUCUACCAAGAAGCCCGAAACCUCACAUACGUGCUGUUCUACAACUCCUCACACAUGGUCCCAUUCGACUACCCGCGACGCACACGAGACAUGCUAGACCGCUUCAUGGGCGUCGACAUUGCCAGCGUGGGCGGCCACCCAGUCGACUCCCAACUCGACGGCGAAAAGGCCGGCCCGGAAACGAGCGUGGGCGGCCACACCAACAGCACCGUCGGCCAGGAGGCAGAAAAGCAGCGCGUCAAGGAGGCGGCCUGGCACGCAUACCAGAAGAGCGGCGAGGUCGUCCUCGUCAUUGUCGCGCUGGCCGCCGCCGCCUGGGGCUGGUUCGUCUGGCGCGAUCGCCGCAGGCGCGCGGGCUAUCAGGGCUUGUUUACCAGCUCGAAUAAUGGUGGUGGUGGUGGUCGUGGCGGCGGCAACGGUCCUGUCGCCGUGGCUAGUCGCGCUGCGGGGAAUCUCCGCGCCGGCCUCGAGAGCUUUGGCAAUAGGGUCGGUCGCACGGAAGAGGAUCUGGAGGCGGCGGACUUUGACGAGCAGGAGCUUGACUUGCGUGGGCAUGGACAUGGACAUGGACAUGGGCAUGGACAUGUGAACGGACGACGGCAACGCUACGCUAAUGAGGCGGGCGGCGGGGAGGCGAAGAGUAAGCUGUUUGACCGCGAUGAGGGUGAGGAUGAUGGUGGUGAUCGUGAUGGUAGUGGCAUGGAGCAGGAGAGGUAUAGCAUUGGUGAUGGCGCGGAUCUGAGCUGUGACAGUGACGAGGACGAGGUAGAUGAGAAGAAGGCGCGGAUGUAA